AUUAAUGCAUAAUUUUAAAACCAUCAGCGAACAAAUAACAAUUACUAUGGAAAAUUACAGAAAAAUCGCAUAAUUUCGAUACAUGGCCAUUUAACGCCAGACCCAAAAAGAACCGACGAUGAGAAGCAGUGUCAAAGCUUCAAUAUAUUUGAUACUACUGUGAUCGCCAAUUUGCUUGGCAGGCGUGGCGAUUACGGCAAAUCUUCGAUCAACAAUACCCGACUAGAUGUCGGGUCGGCGCAAAAAAUUCGUCCAAGUAAAUAAGAGCGCACUGUAGACGUGAGCUCUUAUUUCAUUUAAUUGACUUGAAACACAGCCAAUGUAAACACGUUUCACAAUACCGCAAUGUGUAUUUAAAAGUUGCAAGAAUAAUGCCCGAAAAAGCAAUUUAACGGCCGGAGUGUCUUACUUUCGGUAAAUACACGUAGAAACUAAACUAACAAAUAUAUCAUAUUUGAAUUAUUAUACAUUCACGCGGACAGCAUUUAGCUAUGAUUUUGUACGUGACCCGUUACCUAGUUGGUAUUGUUGAUCGAAGCGGCAAAUCUUUUUUUUUUUUAUUUGAAGGUAGAGGAGAUGUGUCUAGCAGUUGAUUUUUAGUUUUCUACGAAGAAGAGAGAAGUAUGAUUAGCUCCUACAAGGUAAGUUCAACAUGGUGACUAUGAACUGGAAGAGGCCGAUAAUUGAGUUCUGAGAAUAUAAGGAUACUAAUAAACGAAUAAUGCCCAAUGUUAGUAUCAGCCUGAAAGUACAGCUUACAAUACUUUAGUAUAUACUUCAUAGUAUUGUUCAAUACUCUAAAAUAGUUUUUUCAUUGGCCGACACGAUAACAAUAUUGGGGCCCUGAAAUGUAUGCAGUUAUCUAUGUCUCAAACGACAGCGAUAUAUCGUCACAUGUCAAUACCAAGUCCGCUUCCAACAUAAUCGUUCCAAUAAAAUCAAGAAUCUGUGAUGUAAAUACACAUAGAAACGUUUGAUAUAUUUGUAUGAUAUAUUUAGAAUUAUAUAUUUAUUACCCAUAUGCGAUGGCAAUAUCCUCGUAGAGAUCACACGCGUGUAUGACGUCAUGUCGCGUGGGCGGCACCCGCACCCGCAGGCUGGAUCCCUGCAGCGUCGUACUCAGGCACAUGCGGGAUAGAAGCGUCGCCAAGCUAUCGCCCUCCUCACUUUAAACACAUCGUUAACUUCAUUAAACCACAACUUUUUACAGUAUAAGGAUUUAUAAAGCUUUUUUUUGUGGUUUGGAUAAACACUUGUACUAGUUUCACAAUAUUUAUUUUAAAUUAUUAUAUUAAUAAUAAAAUCGACCGGUUUCGACUCACGGCAUUUAUAAAGUUAUUUUUCAAAAAGCCCGUGUUUUUUUUUUCAAAGAAUCAGGUUGUCGGAUAUUCUGUUUAUCGAUAUUUUUUAUUUAACCAAAUUUUACAAGGUAUGUAAGGUACACCUAUACUUAAUAAUUACUCGAUUAGUAUCUAUGUAAAUUUCACGGUACUCGAGCAACCCGGGUUCGAUCCCCGCCAGCACCAAUAAAAUUGUUAAUUGAAAGGAGAUGUUCGAUUUUGGGCCACCACUAUGUACACUACAUAGAUAAAUAGGAAAAAAAUUGAGGAAUUUCAUAAAAAUACUAAGAAAUUAAUUUGAAAAAGGGUAUAGCCGUACAAAAAUGAUCAUUUCAAAAGUUUUAUGUUAUGAUAACCCUAUUUGAAGGGCAGCCAUGACAGUUGUGUUUGAUAUGACGUUUGACGACUGUGACAGUUUUAGAAGUGACGUCUUUGAGUCUUGUGAUUUGGGUUCUGUCGUGUGUUAUUUUAUAAUAACAAAUUCAGUUUCAGGUAUGUCCCCAUGCAUUUACUCGAUGUUUUGUUCAAAUGCUAUUUCUAUGUGAUGUUUUCUUCCCUUGUUCCAUAUUCUAAAAGAUUUUUACUCAUACUUAUUCCAGUUUAUUGACAAUGGCGUGCCUACAGUGCACCUCUGUAAUAGAUAAAAAUGAAUAAUAUUAUACUGCCGAUAAUAUGGGUCCCGAAAUAAUUUCCGUCAUCGAGCGGCAUCUUGGCCAUCUGGUUGAUGGAAUGAUGUGCUCACAAUGCUUUGCUAUCAUAAUGCAAGAAAUGUCUAAUGAUAGUGUUCUUGCACACGGAGAUCAUGAACUCCAGCAUUGCCAUGAUAGCAAUGUUUAUGUUAGGUGUAGGACAUCUUUGUUUAGGACGUGUGCUCACUCGAUUCCCGAGGGUGCAGAAAGGCAAUAUAUUGCUGAAACAAUUGCUCCAAGAGAGAUACCAGAGGGUGCCUUAAUAACACACAUUUACUUGUUGGGUACAUACAACAACAAGCAUACAUAGCAGCUUCUACUCUUAUGAAUAUGAAUGCAGGUGUAUGGUGCUGACGGUCUCUUGCCCAGACACAUAGCCACUCUAUACCUGAAGGACCUGAAUGGACCAUAAUAACAGAAACAAUAUAUCCAAGAGAGAUUCCACCAGGAGGACUGGUUUGCUAUGCUUGUUGGGUAGCAGCACAUAGAAAUGUGGAGCAUGCUACAAGGAUUGAGGAUAAUCGGCAAACUCCAGCCCCAUCUAGCCUUCACCAAGACUAUGUGUGCAUGAUGUAGAAUGUCGCUACACCGAAGGCUAACACACAUGGCUAGUGGUCCUGUGAGAGAUGAAGUUCCAGCAAGAAUUUACCCAAAUGAGUUACCAUAACAUGCGCUUUUUUGUUCCAACUGCUAGACAAAUGCACAGGAAAAUAUAGGAAUGGAGCAAGAAGUGGUGCAACAAUUUGAUAUGCAGCCACCAAGUGCAUCAAUAACACUUGAUGGUUUUACACACACAACACAGACAAGUGCUCAUUGUUUUGUGCCGGCUUGUAGCAACAUAGAACGAAAUAGAGUGCCGGAAUACUU